ACCACCAAAAGCGUUUCACUCCACAUCCCUCUCUACAAAAGAAAAUCACUUAAGAUCACAACAACAAAAAGAAGAAAAAAAAGUGAAACUAAGUAACUAAAAGAUGGUUCUGCUAGAGAAGCUUUGGGAUGAUGUGGUGGCCGGACCUCAACCAGACCGUGGCCUUGGCCGCCUCCGUAAAAUCACCACCCAACCCAUUAACAUCCGAGAUAUAGGAGAAGGAAACAAAAAGACGAUGCACAAGUCGUUGACUAUGCCGGCGGUAGUGAGCCCCGGAACUCCGACUACUCCGACCACUCCGACCACUCCGACGACGCCACAUAAGGAUAACGUGUGGAGGAGUGUUUUUAAUCCGGGAAGCAACCUCGCCACAAGGUCCAUCGGUUCCAACAUCUUUGAUAAACCGACCCACCCAAACUCUCCAUCCGUUUACGACUGUGAUGGUAUCGAAGCUCAAAGGAAGGAACACGUGGCACUGUGUUUAGUGGGCGCGUGGAUGUAAAUAAAUUGAAAAAAGAUUAUUCUAUUUUAUCAACUCAUCAUCCUUCCUUAUUGUGCAUAUGCCGUUGGUUUUUAAGUACUCGGAAUCGAAGAGUUCAGAUCUGAAGUUGAUGGAUGAUUCACUAAUUGUUCGCACGUGUCGCGCGCAGGUUGUACAGCGGUGAGUCAAGGAGUCAGCACCGUUAAAAAGCAACUCACAGUCUAGAUCUUUCGCCACGUGUCUGUUUUGACUUUUUUUUUGGGUAACCGAGAGUGUGUGUAAAGGGUAUAAAGUGACGGCGAGGUUUACUUUUUGUACAUAACUGUCUUCCACCUACGCAAUGCGCCGCCACGUGUUAGUUUCUGUCCUGGGCUGUGUUUUGCAAGCUUCUUUUUACGAGUCGUGUAGUUGCAAGUGGCGGUUGGAUCUUCACUAUCAUCGUCGGAUUUUGACCUUUGGAAGUGCGUCUACUUUAAUGUUUUAUUUUAUAUGUUAAUCAAAUUUUGUUUAUAUACCAGGUUGUUUUAUUAAGUUGACGACUAAUACUAAGUAAUAUGCUACUUUAGUUCGUAAAUAUAUCUAAAUUGUAAAAUGUUAAGCGCGUUCUCCGCUUAA